UGGAAUUUUGUUUGUUGAUUUGUUUACUUGUUCAUUUAUUUAUUAAAUUUACUGAUUUCCUGAUUUCCUGAUUUCCUGAUUUCCUGAUUGAUUUUUCGGGGUGAAAUCUUGAAAGAUCUGAAUUUUUGUUCCUUUCUUCAUAUGUAAAACCAUACUCUGUCUAUAUGACGAGAAACGAAGAAAUUGUAGAGGUUUUUCAUUUAUCACAAAGUAAAGUACUACGCUACAGAUGAAAUUGAAGAUUGGGAGUUGAAGUGAAGAAUUAAGCUGGUGAUAUUAUCCAGGAUUGGAUGCGAUUAUAUUGAGUUGGGAUUGGGAUUGAUUGGAUUGGAUUGGAUUGGAUUGGGGGAGUGAUUCAUGGAAUAUUUAUUCUAAUCUUACCUGCCUACUUUACAUACGAAUACACGAAUAAGACGACCAUCGAGCUUUCGAUUUAUGAAUACGGAAUUACUUCACACAUAUCUAUUCAUCGCAUCGACAAACCUUCAUCGCAAACGAUAGAUACCACAUUACUCCAACUCCUACUAUACACUGGAAAUCAAAUCACAUCAAUCCACCCGCCCGCCCAGCAAAUCCCUCAAACACAAAUACAAACACAAUAAUGCAAUUCAAUAAACUCGUCCUCUCCCUCACACGGGUAACAAUAGGAUUUACAUGGGGAAAUAUCCAGAAUGCGGAUGCACAACUCAGUGGGGAAUUGGAGAGGGAAUUUGAGGGGGAUUUCACGGGGGAUUUGGGAGGACAGUUGAGAAAUAGGUUGUUGGGGAGGGCGUUGAGUAAUUUGCAGGUUUGUUUUUUUCUUCCGGUUCUUUUUUUUUAGUUCUUUUUGGUCCUUGUUUUUGGUGGUUUUUGGGAUUUGGGUUUCGGGUUUUGUGAUGGCUGGGGGGUUUGAGUGGUGGGUGGGUGUUGGGAAGGAGGGGAUAGGAAAGAGGAGGGGAAAUAGAGAGUGAAAGAGGGGGAAGUAUGGAGAGGAGACGUGGAGAUGCGGAUAGGGUUCUGGAGGGGUCAGGGACGGAGAAGAUGGAGAAAAAUGGGAUGGUGCACGCGGAGACAUUAGGAUAGAUUUGGAGUUGUGGUGUAUGAUCUAUGAUAUCAGGAAAGGCACACGAAUCAGCAGGAUCUAUAUCUGCAAGCGCAAGAGCCGAAUACCUGGGAUGAAACAUCCCGGCGAGAAUGAUACAAAAUAAAUGCUGGUAUUUAUCAUUAACUAACAUCUGUUUAGAUCUUCACGGGUUCACUAGGUGGUGUUACAGCUGAUCCGGUAUGUAGUUUUACUUCUUCUCGUUCAUGCUCGUUACCUCCUUCACCCUAUCUUCAUGGUGUUUAUGAUUAUCUUCGCCAUUCAUAACUACUUGCUCAGGUUCUUGGUGGCGGGAAAUCAGAACUGCGAGGGGUUGAAUGUCUGAUUAAGAUGAAUGAAGAGGGAUACAUGCUAAUUUGAAUGUGAUGCAGAUAACUAAUUCGGGAGAUCAUUCAAGGCCUUUUAUGGUUGCUGGUGAUAAUUUUGUGAGUUUCCUUCUCAUUCCCUUUUACCUACCCCUCUAUUCCCAUAUUCUUCCAUUUCAUCCAAUCUCAUAUAUACACAUUUUCCCUCCAUAAUCCAUCCAACUUAUCACCACCUUUCUUCUCAAAAUUUCUAUCUCCUCUCCUCUCUCCUCUCAUCCAUUCAUUCAUUCAUAAUCACGUCACCUCCUCUUCAAACGACCAUCAAUUACCCCUCAAACCUACCUAAUAUAUCUAACAUACCUCCCCCCCUCAACAGCCAGCCUUCACAGACGCCAUGUCACGCUCCUGCGCAAACCAAGUCAACAAAUGCGAAGACGCAGCCAAUAACCCCGCAAAAGCAGCUCCGGAUUUAACCGUAGCCGCUUGUCAAUCUCAACAGUGUAUGUUUAUCCCAUCUUUCAAUUCUUCUUCUCCUGUUGUUUUGAUUUCUCAAACUCGGAGCGGUGUUUUUGAGAGGAUUUUUUCUUGGUUUGGGGAUUCGAGACGAUGGGUUUUUGUUUUCUCUUUUCGUUGAGGAGUUUUGUGUGGUUUUUCUUUGGUUGCUUUGGGUUUGUGUUUUUGUUUUUUGUGGGCGUUUUGAUGGGGGCUUUUUGAGUUGAUGUGAUGUGAUGUGAUGUAAGUUGAGGUGAGAUGAGAUGAGGUACUGGAUUUAUCUGUGGAAGAUUAUCCACUUAUAGAUCGGGCCAUGAGAAAUAAAAGUAGAGAUAAAGACAGACGGCUCGACAGACUAAGGGCAGGUCCCAAUUUCCAACACAAAGCUUAUACACAGCGAAAAGGAGGCUGGACAGCGAAUAUGAAGAGAAGAAAGGAGAGCGCAGAUGGGACAAUCUUCAUGUCAUGAUUGAUUUCAUUGUACAGAGCGCGGAACAUGAAGAAGAGGAAGCUAAUUUUUCUUCUAACAAAUUCAGCUUCGUGUUUAGCGGCGACAAAAACGGCUACGCAGACCAAUUUUCAGGUUUUGACGAGUUCGAAUGCGGAGUUUGAUUUUGUUUGUGAUUCUUAGGGUGGUGUGUGGGUGGGUAUAUGGUUGGGUUGGGUUGGUGAUGGGAGUAAGGGAGGGGACUUGGAAAAUGGAGAGCGGAAAUGUCAAAUGGGAGCGAGAGAUGGGAGAUGGGAGUUGGGAGAUAAUAGAUGAUUGAUUGAGCGGGAGGGGAAUGAGAAUGGUAGUGUUAUGAUAUAUGCAAUUCAUACGAAGCAAACGACUAAAAGGAGGAGAGCAUAUGGAGUAGAGGAAGAUCGAUUCACUUCUACUUCUCUAUAUAAAUUCCAAUAGGUGGAAAAGAAAUCUAAUGAUGAUUGAUUCAAACAGGGACAAUCCUACAACAUAACUAAGUCUACAACACAA